AUGCAGUUGGUAUCACUUGCGGCGCUGGCUCUUGCCGUGCCUGCGAGUGCGCUGAUUCGGUUCUCAUGUUCCCAACUUGUGGUCGAUCGCAUCGACCCCUUAGUCAACCCUGGAAUGGCACCAUCCCCUCAUUUACAUCAGAUUAUCGGUGGUAACUCCCUUAAUGUGACCAUGGAUCCUGCCAAGGAUAUGCCUGGCGAAUCUACGUGUACAACUUGCCAGUUCACCGAGGAUACAUCGAACUACUGGACUGCUGUACUUUUCUUUAGGGCUCGUAAUGGAACUUUCAAGCGGGUUCCCAUCCGAUCCAACGUUGGUUUCGACGGUGCUGAGGGUGGAAUGACCGUCUACUACAUGCAGAACGGCCUGUCGGACUACCAGCAGCGAUCUAAAGUAACGGCAUUUAAGCCUGGAUUCCGGAUGCUCGUUGGUGAUUCAACAGCUCGAAGCGCCGAGCAAGCUGUGAAGCAUAAACAAGUCACCUACACCUGCCUUCAAGACAUGCUUACUCGUUUCCCCGAGACCAACGACCUCCCAAAUAAAAUAUGCCCAGAAGGCGUUAUGGCAAAUAUCCGGUUCCCGACCUGCUGGGAUGGAAAGAACCUUGAUACCCCUGACCAUAUGAGCCACAUGUCGUACACGGCCAAUGGGACUUUCGACUCCCAGGGCGCAUGCCCUGAUACUCAUCCGAACACGUUCUCAUACACCAGCGUUCCUGUUCCCCUACUCAUGUACGAAACAAUUUGGGACACUCGACAGUUCAACGAUCCUAAUGAGUGGCCUGAGGAUGGAUCUCAACCCUUCGUUUGGUCUAUGGGCGACCAUACCGGAUACGGUAGUCAUGGAGACUACGUCUUUGGCUGGAAAGGUGAUGCCCUACAGAGAACUAUGGAUACUCCAUGUUACGUGACGUGCCCUACUUUGACCACACAAUCUAUCGCCAACCAGAAUAAGUGCAAGAUUGAUAGGACUGUUAAGGAGGAUAUCGAUUCUUGGUUGACCGAGAUUCCUGGCAGCCCCCAAAUAUCAAAGAAGCGUUAG